AUGUCAAGGUCCAGAAAUGAAGAUAUAAACGAUGUGGACUACAAUGAUGAUAACUAUGUUGCCCAGCUUCUUGCUAAAGAUGCGCGGGACUGCUCGCGCAGAUACUCGGCUCUUGGAAUAUACGGCCCGUCAAAACGAUCUAUUAAUGGCGCUCCGAAGCCAAAUACACGGUUUUUAAAGCAUAUCCUCCGCGAAACAGACAGCCACAAUGAGAAUUUAAAACGGAAGGAGGAGGAGGAGGCGAGGCAGAGAAUGAGGACACUACUGGAUGGAAGAGGCAAGCCAUCUCGAUCUUCAAGGUCAGAUGGGCGAGACGAUCGGGUACACAAACGUCGGAGGGUUGAAUCCCCCGAACGACAGGACCAAAAUGGAGUAAGACCUCAUCACCGUGACCGUCAUGGAAAAAGCCGUAUUCAAAAAGGAGAAAAAGAAUACAGGUAUUCCGGUGGCGAUGGUGAUACAAUAUCCAGAGCACGAAAGCGGCAUCAUCUGGAGGAUAGGCCAGAUAAAGGGGAUACAGCACGAGAAUCCGGACAGAGUGGACACGACAGGAAGGGUGAAAGGGAUCAUCAUAGGCGGCAUCAACGCGCCCAAGAAUUGUCAAAAUAUGAACAUGGUCAUCCAGCAAAGGAUCAGAGAGAAAAUUCGGGUCCCCGCCGGAGCAGGAGUGACAGGAGGGCGCACGAUCGCCAUGGAAGAUCUCGCAGUCGGUCUAAAUCCCCAACCAGGACUCACCGCCAGAGGAGACGCAGCAGGAACCGAGAGGAGAAAAUUGAAAAGCACAUGCAUAUGGAGGAUAAAAGUGGCGACUUGCGCGCAGAUACCCACACCAGCGUUGACAAGAAGCCACCGCCGUUACCCCCACAAACAUGUGCUGAAGAUGCUCGAAGUAGGCAUAUGUCACCAAAUGAUAGAAGCAGCACAUCCGACGAUUCAGACCCACUGAGCGAUCUUAUUGGUCCUGCGCCACCCACGGCUUUCGCGGACAAUAGUCAACCUAUCCAAUCUCGUGGUCGUGGGGUUUACAGGACCACAAAUUCGAGUAACAUAGACGCCCAUUUUUCGUCAAAAUAUGACCCCGCGUUGGACAUACACCUUGAAGAUGACAAUGCUGCCAAGAAUGAUCAUCCAGGACACAUCCGCCCUGUACCAGGCCUUUUCAACCCAAAGGAAGCAGACAAGCAUGCAAAUGAUGACUGGGAUAUGGCGCUAGAGGCACUGCGGGACCGUGAGAUAUGGAAACGGAAGGGUGCGGAGCGCCUACGAGAGGCUGGGUUUGACGAUAGGGUAGUGGAGAAGUGGGAAGCAAACAAAUCCUUUGCUGGUUUAGGCUCGAAUGACCAUAAGGAAAUAGAAAGUGUUAGAUGGGCAAAGAAAGGGGAAGGCAGAGAAUGGGACCGUGGGAAAUUUGUUGAUGAAAAUGGUCAUAUAUCCGUCAAGGCGCCCUGGUAG